ACGUGUUUCUCUCAAAACGCGCCACGUUGGUUCCUCUGCCGUUAUACACAACUAACUGACGGACAACACCUCGUCUGAAUCGGCAACACAACUACUGCUUUUGGAAACAAAGAAAAAAGCAUCACCUGCAUCGCCCCGUUCUUUCACAGUGAAAGCUCCUGAAAUGAAUCACUCGGCCGGAAAAACAGUUCUCCGUUGAUGAACGAAUCGGCGUCGAGCCUGGAGAACGGCCUGCUGCCGUUCGAUGUCUGCGUUAAAAUCGCUUCCUACCUUCCGGUUCUGGACGUCUGCGUUCUAAGCAGGUGCUCUCGCUACUGGAGGGAACUUUGCAGCUCCGAUUCCAUCUGGGAAUCGCUCGCCCGCCGGAGAUGGCCCUCCGCCGCUUUCCCCCGAGAUUCCUCUUCUUUGGUAACCGAAUGGUGGAGGGAGGUUUACGCCGGGAAGCACAGGGAGAUGGCCAGAAGAGCUGGCGCGGUGGUCGGAUUCGUGAAUCAAAGCUGUGGGGCUGAAUCAAUGGAAGUUGGGGAUUACGUUGAGGCAAUUGGGGAAUUGAGCUCGUUGGAGUUUGCAUUUGCAGACGUUCGAAUGUUCCUCUUCAAGCCGCACCUGUCCGUCCUUCUUAACUUGGUUGCAUUGCAUUACUCCAUCUCCUGCCUCCAACUCCCGGCAUGGGAAGUUGUGGAAGCACUGAAGGGCUGCUGGAUCUCCGAGCGGCAAGUGUGUGUAAAAUGGUGGAAGCUCGGGAGAUGGUUCUAUGGAUUCAGGAUGAUGGACGAGACUCAUUCUCGCCGCCUCACUCUUGCAGAUCUCCCUACCAAGAAGGGUAUGGAGGUUCUAGGGGUCCUCCACAGAGGUGCCAUUCACGAGGUUUUACGCGUCGUGAUCUGUGUCUCCUCCGGCGGUACUUCUUCCAGUCCAUGGCCUCAUUCAAGCACACAAAGUGAUUGAACGCUAGAAUCGCGGUGGCCAUGGCUGCUGCUGGAUGGUUGGCUCGAAUUCUGCUCUAUACUUCACCAUGUUGCACUUUUGCAGUUCCAAACUCUUAAUCUGUACAUGGCAACAGACAGCUAAAGAUGGUGUGUAUUUUCUAAAUCACAAUGCACAACCACCUCUUAUUCUCUUCAAUGGCACCAUCGCCUCUCUAUUCAGAUUCACUGUGCAACUCGAAAUUACAUUUUGUUCCCCAAUAAGUUGAACUCAUUCUGAUGAGGCCACUCCAAGAAAGUGAGCUAAGCUGGGAUACUUAGGUUCCCAUGAGAGCACCUGGCGCGUUCUCGAGCUGUUUAGUUUCUUACCAAGAGGGUCACUUGUUCCAGUAAAGCCCUCAAAUUUCUUGCUAAACUUGCCACUUUUAGCAACCAGGUCCAUCACUUCCUGCCU